UUUCCUGAAAAGUUUCUUAAUUGGAUCAAGUGUUGCGUUCAAACAGCUCACUACAGUAUUAAUGUGAAUGGAGGUUUAUGUGGAUUUUUUCGAGCUCGAAAGGGUGUGAGGCAGGGUGAUCCCCUGUCUCCAUACCUCUUCACUAUUGCCAUGGAGGGUCUUUCCACGUUACUGGUGCAAGCAAGUCAGGUUGGUAAGAUCCCCUAUCACCCACAGUGCAAAAGAGUAGGAUUGAACCAUCUAUGUUUUGCAGAUGAUAUCCUGGUUUUUACUUCUGGAUCAGGCCAGGCCAUUCUUCAGGUCAAGUCUGUUUUGGAGGAAUUUUAUAGAAUCUCAGGGCUUAAGUGCAAUCCUUCAAAGUGUGAAAUAUAUUUUGGAGGGGAGUCUGUAAAAUUUAAGAACGCUGCUCUGGCUGUCUCGGGGUUCCAGGAGGGGUCCUUACCAGUUAGGUAUCUUGGGUUACCUCUGCUUACAGGGAAGCUAUCAUCAAAGGAAGUGGAUAUCUUGGUUGAUAAAAUAACUAAAAGAAUCAGGUCAUGGAGGGCCAGGAAGCUUAAUUAUGCUGGCAGAUUACAACUGCUUAAUUCAGUUCUACUGGGGAUCGUGCAAUAUUGGAUGCAACUUUUCAUCUUACCAAAGCAGGUUCUCAAGCGAGUGCAGCAACUGUGUUCUCAGUUUUUAUGGCAUGGAACAGAUGAGGGGCGUGCCAAGGUUGCCUGGGAUAGAAUUGCACUUCCAAAGCGAGAAGGUGGACUGGGGGUGAAAGAUCUUUUGACCUGGAAUCAGGCUUGUACUGUUAGAAUGCUCUGGCUGUUUCUCCUCAAUUCAGGUACGCUAUGGGUGGCAUGGAUGCGCGAGUAUAAAUGUAGACAGGGGGACCUUUGGGUGAUGAAGUCACAGUUUAGUAGUUCUUGGACGUGGCGAAAGCUGCUCAAAUUGAGGCACACUGUAAGUCCUUGGCUACGAAGAGGUACAGAGGGAGUCUUCUGGGGGUCUCACCUGAUGCACAAAUUCUCUGUCCAAACAGUAUGGGAGUCACUGCGGAAUAGGCAGCAGGACGUUGAAUGAUAUAAGCUUAUUUGGGGCACACCAUGUCCACCCCGAUAUAGCAUGCUUGCUUGGCUCAUUGUCAAGAAUGCCAUAGUGACUAAAGACAAAUUGCAGAGAUGGGGGAAAAUUGCAGACGCGACCUGUGUACUGUGUGGAUCUGCAGCAGAAACAAGAGAACACUUAUUCCUGCAAUGUAAUGCUGGACGGUGGCAUGGGGUGAUGUGGUGCAUGAUCUUGGCCUUCAUUUGGAAAGAACGCUGUCUGAUUGUGCAUGGAAAGGACAGAGGGGAGCCUGAGGGAGUUGCUUUUCUCAUUAAGGCGGAUUUAUGCUUUCUGGUGGCAGGGGAUGUGGUGAUGCGUAAGGAAUUGGAGAGAAUAGGGUACCUUUAGAUAGCUUCCUUAUAGUUACAGAUUUGGUAAAAGUAGAAUUGUAUAGAA